CUGCUUUUCGGCAUCAUUCAGUAUGCUAUUAGGCAGGCGUUUAGUUGAGCGCCGAUAGAAUGGUAGCCCGCAAACGACCUUUAGCUAAGUUAGUUAACUUAAUAACCUACUAACUCCAUGCAAUUGUGCCUACAGUGAACGUGGCAUACCAUCGAUUGACGGAUAAUUAAACGAAUGAGAAUGAUUAGAUUUGCAUCUGAAAGACGCGUAAUGCUGUCUGGGGUCCCUGUAUGGAGAUGUCUUCAGCAGUCAGUCAGAGCACCAAAAAUCAUCACAUCAAAAGCUCAGAUGCCCUUUCAGUCCAGACCCUCCUCGAGCUUAAUGCCUUGCACACUAACUCCCACCAACAUGUUGCGCAUCAGGCCAGUGAGCUGGCAAGCCACCCGUCUCUGCCACAGGGAUCCACAAGGCACCUCGGAGAGAGGCAACCUCAAAGAGGGUUUCAGCUUGAGGGCCCUCGGCCAGGCUCCCAAACCGGCUCUCUACCUUGGUGUUUCGGGGCUCAUCCCUUUCCUGUUUGCACCUCUCGCUAUGGCUGCCACACAGUCCUUCUACCCUGAACUGGCAUAUGCUCAAGUGGUCUAUGGAGCGUCUAUCGUCUCCUUCCUGGGAGGCGCCCGCUGGGGGUUCGCCCUCCCCGCCGGCAGUCCCGCUCAACCUGACUGGAUGAACUUGGGCAACAGUGUGGUGCCUUCCCUUCUGGCCUGGCUGGCACUGCUCUGCAGGGACAGUUUUGCAGAAGGAGCGCUGGUAGUAAUCAUGGGACUGGGUCUCUCUCUGCACUAUGACCUGACCCUGCUGCCGGGAUACCCUUCCUGGUUCAAAGCCAUGCGAACUGUCCUCACUCUGGUUGCCACCUUCUCACUGGUUGCAAGCCUAAUAAUUAAAGAAUUCUACCCUGAGAAGAAGAUCAAAGACGUUCAGAACUGAGUGGAGGAAAGUAGUGAGCCAUAGGGACACAAAUAUUGGGCUCAUGUGCAGCAUGGUUGGUUUAUACAGUACGGAGCAAUAGUUUUGUCAUCUACAAUACUUUUAAUAGAUUUUGGAAGACAUGUACAAAUGUAGAAUACCAUUUAGAAAAUGAAUGAACAGUUGUAAAAUAGGCACAUUAAUAUCCUGCUAGUUUGAAAGAAAGAAACUGUAGAACAGGACAGACUUUGAAAUGAAUGAAUCGUUUGCUGCACAGACACAGAGGACCCUUACUGAAAUGUGGUAAUUUUACAUGUGCAAACUAGGGGAAAAUAAACAUUGGAAUAUU